AUGGUCCAGCUGGGGAAGCUGCUCCGCGUCCUGACUUUGAUGAAGUUCCCCUGCUGCGUGCUGGAGGUGCUCCUGUGCGCGCUGGCGGCGGCGGCGCGCGGCCAGGAGAUGUACGCCCCGCACUCCAUCCGGAUCGAGGGGGACGUCACCCUCGGGGGGCUGUUCCCAGUGCAUGCCAAGGGUCCCAGCGGAGUCCCUUGCGGCGACAUCAAGAGGGAGAACGGUAUCCACAGGCUGGAAGCAAUGCUCUACGCCCUGGACCAGAUCAACAGCGAUCCCAACCUGCUGCCCAACGUUACGCUGGGCGCGCGGAUCCUGGACACUUGUUCCAGGGACACUUACGCGCUCGAACAGUCGCUCACUUUUGUCCAGGCGCUGAUUCAGAAGGAUACGUCCGAUGUGCGCUGCACCAACGGCGAGCCUCCGGUUUUUGUCAAGCCGGAGAAAGUAGUCGGAGUGAUUGGGGCUUCAGGGAGUUCGGUCUCCAUCAUGGUAGCCAACAUCCUGAGGCUUUUCCAGAUCCCCCAGAUUAGUUAUGCGUCAACGGCACCUGAGUUAAGUGAUGACCGGCGCUAUGACUUCUUCUCCCGGGUGGUUCCGCCUGAUUCCUUCCAAGCCCAGGCCAUGGUAGACAUUGUGAAGGCCCUAGGCUGGAAUUACGUGUCUACUCUUGCAUCUGAAGGAAGUUAUGGAGAGAAAGGUGUGGAAUCCUUCAUGCAGAUUUCCAAAGAGGCAGGUGGGCUCUGCAUUGCCCAGUCCGUGAGAAUACCCCAGGAGCGCAAAGACAGGACCAUUGACUUUGAUAGAAUUAUCAAACAACUCCUGGACACCCCCAACUCCAGGGCCGUCGUGAUUUUUGCCAAUGAUGAGGAUAUAAAGCAGAUCCUUGCAGCAGCCAAAAGAGCCGACCAAGUGGGUCAUUUUCUUUGGGUGGGCUCAGACAGCUGGGGAUCCAAAGUAAAUCCACUAUACCAGCAUGAAGAUAUUGCAGAAGGAGCCAUCACCAUUCAGCCCAAGCGAGCAACCAUAGAAGGGUUUGAUGCCUAUUUUACGUCCCGCACGCUUGAAAACAACAGAAGAAAUGUCUGGUUUGCUGAAUACUGGGAGGAAAACUUCAACUGCAAGUUGACGAUUAGUGGGUCAAAGAAAGAAGACACGGAUCGCAAAUGCACAGGGCAGGAGAGAAUUGGAAAAGAUUCCAACUAUGAGCAGGAGGGGAAAGUUCAGUUCGUGAUUGAUGCGGUCUACGCUAUGGCCCAUGCCCUGCAUCACAUGAACAAGGAUCUCUGUGCCGACUACCGGGGCGUCUGUCCAGAGAUGGAGCAAGCUGGGGGCAAGAAGUUGUUGAAGUACAUCCGCAAUGUUAAUUUCAAUGGUAGUGCUGGCACCCCAGUAAUGUUUAACAAGAAUGGAGAUGCACCAGGGCGGUAUGACAUCUUUCAGUACCAGACAACAAACACCACAAACCCCGGUUAUCGUCUGAUUGGACAGUGGACAGAUGAACUUCAGCUCAAUAUCGAGGACAUGCAAUGGGGUAAAGGAGUCCGGGAAAUACCCCACUCAGUAUGUACCCUGCCAUGCAAACCAGGACAGAGAAAGAAGACACAAAAGGGAACUCCUUGCUGCUGGACCUGUGAACCUUGCGAUGGCUACCAGUACCAGUUUGAUGAGAUGACAUGCCAGCAUUGCCCUUAUGACCAGCGGCCCAAUGAAAACCGGACUGGCUGUCAGGAUAUCCCCAUCAUCAAACUGGAGUGGCAUUCUCCCUGGGCCAUCAUCCCUGUCUUCUUAGCAAUGCUGGGGAUCAUCGCCACCAUCUUCGUCAUGGCUACUUUCAUCCGCUACAAUGACACGCCCAUAGUCCGGGCAUCUGGGCGAGAGCUCAGCUAUGUUCUGCUGACGGGCAUCUUUCUUUGCUACAUCAUCACUUUCCUGAUGAUAGCCAAGCCCGAUGUGGCAGUGUGUUCUUUCCGGAGAGUUUUCUUGGGCUUGGGGAUGUGCAUCAGUUACGCAGCCCUCUUGACAAAAACCAAUCGGAUUUAUCGCAUAUUUGAGCAGGGCAAGAAAUCAGUGACAGCUCCCAGACUCAUAAGCCCAACAUCACAGCUGGCAAUCACUUCAAGUUUAAUAUCAGUGCAGCUUCUAGGUGUUUUCAUUUGGUUUGGUGUUGAUCCACCCAACAUCAUCGUAGACUAUGAUGAACAUAAGACAAUGAACCCUGACCAGGCCAGGGGAGUUCUCAAAUGUGACAUUACAGACCUCCAAAUCAUUUGCUCCUUGGGAUAUAGCAUUCUUCUCAUGGUCACAUGUACUGUGUAUGCCAUCAAGACUCGGGGUGUCCCAGAGAAUUUUAAUGAAGCCAAGCCCAUUGGAUUCACUAUGUACACAACAUGUAUAGUAUGGCUUGCCUUCAUUCCAAUUUUUUUUGGCACUGCUCAGUCAGCGGAAAAGCUCUACAUACAAACUACCACACUUACAAUCUCCAUGAACUUAAGUGCAUCAGUGGCGCUGGGGAUGCUAUACAUGCCGAAAGUGUACAUCAUCAUUUUCCACCCUGAACUCAAUGUCCAGAAGCGGAAGCGAAGUUUCAAGGCAGUAGUCACAGCAGCCACCAUGUCAUCACGGCUGUCACACAAACCUAGUGACAGACCCAACGGCGAGGCAAAGACAGAACUCUGUGAAAACGUAGACCCAAACAGCCCUGCUGCAAAAAAGAAGUACGUCAGUUAUAAUAACCUGGUUAUCUAAGCUGUUCCAUUCCUUGGAACCAUGGAGGAGGAGGACCCUCAGUUAUCUCGUCCCCCAACCUGGCAUAGGACUCUUUUGUCCUGCCCGCUGCCAUCACUGGAGGAGCAUCCCCAGCUGGGAGACCAAUGUGAGAGGAUCCAAAGGUUCUACACAGCUGCUUUAUGAAAUAUCCCCACUUUCUCUUGGCUUAAUAAGUCAGUGGCAUCAGCACUGCCAACUUGGCUGCAAUUUUGGACCUGCCCUGCCAAGGGAGUGUUGAGACUCAAGUCCCACCUAGGUUCUCUAGGAUGAACCACUGAGAGCCACAGUGAUGUUUUGGGGCUGACCUGUCUUUCUACGUAUGUACUUCCAGGUUGCAAGGUUUUGAAACUUUCUGUACAG